AGUCCAGGUUGCUGCAACUGCCGCUCCUCAGUGGCUUUGCGCCAAUAGCCCUGUCCCUAGAUUCUGACUCCUUUGUGUGCAACCCGAUGAUCGUUAUUUGACCUUCCAGCAUAUCUUUCGUUGAUAGAUGCUGCGGGGUUGGUUUUCCUGGUUCAGUGUGCAAGUUCUCCCCUGAAUUUCUGUCGUUGACCGCUUUAGUGCGGUAAUAUUUGCCCGUUCGUAGCGUCCGUCCCGGUUUCGAAGUCCCCCUGCCUCCAUCACAUCCAAGAUCUCCAGGUGGCCAGAACAAGCAAUUGCUCUUUAUGUCUUCGGUCUCGCUUUCGUCCUCGUUUUCUCCGUCUGCUGCCUCAUCCAUGCCGCUGCCUGCCUCCACCCCAUCCACUCACUCCCACUCUCACUCAGAUACCACCACUUCCGAUCACCAACUUCCCUCUCCUUCCCACACAUCCAACGAGAGUGUUUCCAGCACCUUUUCUUCCUCCCAUAACCUUCGUUCCUCUCUGUCUGCCUCUUCAAUGGGCCAGGUCGUUAGCCGACCUCCGGUAAAUACUGCGUUUCCCUCUUCAUCUACCCAGCCUUGUUUGGGAAGCUCGUCAUCCGUCGCCGGAAGUCGAUUCAAGCGCGCAUUUGGGCGACGGAAGAAGUCCGAUGUUAUCCUUCCUUCAUCCAUAACUUCUCCAACCGGUGCCAAUGUUAAAGCAUCGUCUGCAUCCAAUGACUCGCUGUAUGGAACCGUGAAUAGCGCACCCGCUCGCCAGCUCGGCGCAAAGCAGCUCACUCUUCAACUGGCAUCGCAUGUCUUUAGUAGGAAGCAGUCCGGCUCCGCGCCAGCCUCGCCUGCCAUGCUGCCGCCCCCACUUCCACCGAAGCACGGUGCUCCCCACCCCACCCCACAGCACUCCCCGUCGAGCGACAACGUUGAUAACAGAAUGUCGGUCCUUACGACAUCAAAUUCGAGCAUUGCACCUGCUUUGGAUUAUAUUAGGCGCACGGAUACAUCUACGGGACCCGAGGAUGCUAAGAAAGAUACCGAAAAGGUUGAACUCAAGGACAUUAGGAGGAAGAGUGAUUCUACGCUGAGCCAUCACACAAUUCGCCCUGUCUUGGGUGGCAAGACUCCUCGUCCCGUUUCAUUGGCAGAAUCUUUCCAAUCUAACCACACCAUCGUACCAGUAAAUAAACGUCUCAGUGCACUCCUUACCGAUGCGGAAUACGCUACACCUGAAGAAGAACCCGAACGAAUCGAGGGGUUCCAGGACUCGCUUGGCAGGUCAACCUCACCUGAUAGCCAAGGCUCUCCUGCAGCGUCACUCAAGGCCAGAGACCGACGUUCACACUCUCUGAACCUCGGCUCGCCCUUCUCCUUGAUGAGCUCGCUACCUACAGCUGCUCAGGCUUCAGUCAGCUUGGAUGUGAUACCGCCCAGCGUUUCAAGAUCUGUCCCGGAAGAAUCAAUUAAGACCACAGGAUCUUCACCAUUUAUACUGAAGCCGGUCAUUCCCCUGUAUGCUGAGGCAUCACAUACCUCCCAAAGUUCUUCGCCAGCAGCCGAACGAACAUUGCCAGAAAUCCCACAGACGCAGCAAAGACCGCCAUUUGUACCGUCUGCCAACACCGGCUUCCCGGCCUUCCGUCAAACAGCUAUUAGCAUGACAUCAGGGCUUGCACCAGCCGCUGGUCUUGCCCGACGUGCUGUGGAAAAAAUGGGUCGAGUUUGGGGUUCUAGGAGCCCACCUCCCAACUCGCCUUUGGCACCACCUAUCUCAUUGUCGCCCUCAUUCCCAAUUGGCAUUGUAUAUCGCACUAGUUCCGGUCAUUCUGAGCCCGCAAGCCGCAGGAAGAAUAGGCACACACCCCAGACCCCGUCUAUCAGCUCUACAGGGUCGUCGAUGUCCGACCAUGAAGGGCCCCAGCUCGGCAGGUGCUUGCGGGGACCCAUAAACACGUUGUCUACUGGAGCUGGCAUGGGUGGUUUGGUUUUUGGACGUGACCUCAAGGCUUGCGUGAACGACACUGCUUUGGACACGAUUCGCAACUCGCCUCAUGGACGCGGAUUAGCUACUUCCUCCAACAAUAGCCUCACGCCACGCAACGGAUCUUGGGUUUCGUUAGAGGAGCGUCAUCUACCGGCCUUAAUUGUAAGGUGCACACAACAUAUCUUGAGGUGGGGCGUCCAGGAGCAAGGACUCUUUCGUGUUAGCGGUCGUUCUUCCCACAUCGCCAAGCUACGCGCUGAGUUCGAUACUGGGGCUGACUUCAACAUUAUGCAAUCAAGUCCAGGAGACUUGGAUCCCCAUGCAGUUGCAUCGAUCUUUAAAGCUUAUCUACGAGAGCUGCCUGAGCCCAUAUUAACAAAUGAUCUCAUGCCUUUUUUUGAUGCUGCCAUGGUAUCUGAACGAUCAUCCGCAAAGCAUGUUCCAGACGUGCUGUCAAGUGCCAGUGUUGGUAUGCGCAAGCCUCCCUCCCUCUCAACGCUUGCUACGCCAAAUUUUACCGGUGUCACCCCCUCGGAGUCUCUUCGAAAGGCGUUAUCUUCUCUCAUUGCUCGUCUUCCCCAGGAGAACCGCGAUCUUCUAUUGACAGUCACGGAAGUCAUCAAACUCACAGCACAGAGAAGUCACGAGACUAAAAUGCCUAUGAGCAAUCUGCUCCUUGUUUUGUGCCCCAGUCUCAACAUGAACCCGACACUACUACAAGCACUCUGCGAAUGUGAGGGCAUUUGGGAUGGGUGGGAAGCAUCCGUGGGAGCUCUCGCAAUCAGCUCUACAGAUCAGCUACUGGCGAAAGGCAAAAUUGUUGACGAUGGCCCCUCCGCCACUCCCAGCGACGCUACCAACCUUGCCAUCGAAAAGCAGCGUUUCUCCAGACCAUUACCUAGGGUCCCCGUCGAUGACACUGAGUUGCCACUCGCGCCUGCUGAUCCUGCUACAUCUCAUCACUCAAACUACCCAAUGGUGUCUAUUCCAGGUUCUCUCAUAUAUGCGGAACUACCUGAGACAUCACCGUCACCUGUGAUUGAUGAUGGCAUGUCGCUAAGAUCAGGAAGUGAACGCCCAACCACCCCGAACUCGGUGAACUUCAAGCUGAUCAAUCCUUACUCUCCCCCUUCUUUAUCGUCAUCUGCGGAGUCUUUGUCUGUUCCCUCGCUUUCCUCGGCCUCGCCGUCGCAGUCAGCUAAGAACCUUCAGCUAACCGAUGAUCUGACUACACCGCAGUCAUCUACUUUGGCACACUCACCCAUCAUCGCCGAACCUAUUCCCCUUCCCCUGACGCCAUCUGAAACGGCAUCGCAAUCUCAGUUUCAGUUUCCUAGCGCAGGAGAAAACUUUCGAAAAAGUCCACUAAUCCACAAGAAAUCGUUUUCCUCCUCUAUAUCUGGAGAUAUUCGUGCAGGUUCCAUGGGUUCAAGAGCCAAGCGACUGAAGAAGCCUUCGUUGCAUCUUUUGUUUUCUGGGCGGUCAAGUUCUCCUGCGUCAACCAAAUCUAUUCACGGAAACAGCACCGGCACACCACCCGAGGUAUCAUUGUCAUCACCUUCGGAGUCUUCCCCUGCAAUAUCGAUGGUUACGGCCCCACAAUCUUCCCGAUUCAGCUAUCCGCCCGUAUUAAACACUGCUAUAGAUGAAUCGUCCAUAUCACUUGCACUGGGCAUCCAGGACGAGGAGGUUCAUGCUGGCUUAACAUCUCCGAAGACGUCGUCGACUCCUCAAGCAACCGACACGGAAGCCAAACUGUUGGUCACCAAGAAACAUUUUCCUCAGCUUGACCUUCCUCUGUCGGACGGGGAUGACUAUGGCGAUACAUGGACGCAAAGUGUUUUGCUAGCAGCUGGUGAAUCGAGAUGGUGAAUAUGAUGGAGUGUAUACACGGACUAUCCGCAACACAUAACGGACUACGUCUAGCUGCUGGCGGUAGAUUUCUUCUACCUCUUUUAUGAUCAUACUAUUCCACGUUAGCUACUUUAGGCAGCCAUUUCUGACCACUCACCAGCACCCCUUGCAUGAUUGGUUGCAAAUACCCCUUUAUUGGUUUUUUCGUGCAUAAUUCAAUAGGUACAGUUUGGCAUAUUACAUAAUUUAUGUUGGGGAAUGGAUGAUGACGUC